AUGUCAACUCCGGCUUCUGUGGACGAUAGAGUCACACCAUGUGGAAUAUGUCAGGAGGCGCCCUCUAUCGAGCGUGCGAUGAUGGCGUGUGAUGAUUGUGGAAUCUGGUUCCACUAUUCCUGUGUAGAGGAGGAUGAAUCAACAGAACAUCAUACAUGGUUCUGUCACAAAUGCCUCAAGAAGCGAUUCCGAAGCCGUAGGGGAAGCAACACCGUGUCAUCAGGGCAGAAAAAGAGCAGAGAUCUGGAACUCAGGCGUUUACAAGAGGAACUUGCCUUGCAACAGGAGUACAUGCGGAAAAAAUACAAAAUAAUGGCUUCGUAUCUCGGCGAAGAAAGCGACGACGACGACGAUGGUAGAGAGAGCGCUCGGAGCUCGAAUGUGAGUAGUGUUAAUAGGACCAAAGCGUGGAUCGACAAGCAUUCAGGAGCGGAGGAAAAACCUGUUCCUUCCAAGGCUCAUAGGCUUGACCCAAUCCCGACCGCUAGGGAAAGUAACAAUGAAAGAUUCGAGGAGAACCAACCGUUAACGUCAUUUGGUCGUACGAAGUCAUGUAUUCCGUCACGUAAUCAACCCGUGCCGUCAGUGAAGGGAGAACCGCAUGUAACACCGUCAUUACCUGAACAUCUGUCACCGAUCGAUGAGUUACCGAUAUCUGACGGGCUGGGGAGUGGAAAGUUGAAUAACGUAGCACUAUCAGCACCAUCGAAACAUCAUCCUGAAGAAUCAAGAAGAAGCAAUCAGAAUCCAGUCCCGAGCAGUUACCCUCAAACAAGUUUUCCGUUGACAAAUGGACAGCCAUCGAUUCCUCAGUCCGAUCCUAUGGAACCCAGAAUGUCGGGGCCUAAUCCGGUUCAAAUAAUGGCUAGACAAGUGUGGCCAAAGAAACUUCCUGCGUUUUCAGGAGCGCCUGAUGAAUGGCCGAUUUUCAUCAGUUCAUACGAGAAUUCAAAUUCAGCGUGUGGAUUCUCUGAUGUGGAAAAUUUGAUAAGGUUGCAGGAAAGUCUGAAGGGUACGGCCCUCGAGACUGUUCGGAGAAGACUGGUGCUGCCCGCAAACGUUCCGAAGGUGAUGGAAACAUUACGAAGAGUUUUCGGGAAACCAGAAAUUUUGAUCCGUUCGUUAAUUUCGAAAGUACGGGGUAUAGAUCCACCAAAACCAGAACGUCUUGAUACUGUCAUCAGGUUUGGUAUGGCAGUACAACAAUUGUGUGACCAUCUGGAGGCUGCCAAUCAACAAGAACAUCUCUGCAAUCCCGUUUUACUCCAAGAAAUGGUAGAUAAACUUCCUGCUAGUUUCAAGCUGGAGUGGGUACGUUUUAAGAGAGCCUUCUGUCCAGUGACAAUGCGGACUUUUGGAAAUUUCAUGGAGCAAUUGGUUGAAGAUGCAAGCGAGGUGACAUUCUUAAAUCCAAUGGAUUCGACCAAAUUUGAGAGAAAGACAACAAAGGAGAAGGGAUUUGUGCACACUCAUAAUGGCACGGAGAUGGUACCAGGAGGCAAUUCCAAACCAGGUUCUUCGGUUGUGAAGGAUGACAAGCCAUGUGCGAUAUGCUCCAAGCCGGGGCAUCGAGCGCGCAACUGUGAGGAGUUUAAAAAACUGUCUCUCCCGCAACGUCUUCGACUGGUGGAAACCCGGAAGCUUUGUGCCUUGUGUCUUUACAAUCACGGUAACAUGCGAUGCCGGAACAAGUUCCAGUGCAAUGUAGCAGGUUGUAACGGCAAACAUCAUUACCUGUUGCAUCGAUCUGAUAGCGGGGAGGAAUCGAGCUGCAUGGUGCACCAUAAGAUAUCGACGUCUUUCGUUACAUUUCGCGUCAUACCGGUCUCACUGAUUAACGGGAACAAGCGUGUCGACACGUACGCUUUUCUCGAUGAGGGUUCAUCCAAAACGUUAUUGGAAAAAGACGUGGCAAUGAAGCUAGGACUUAAAGGAACCGUUAGGCCUCUAGAUUUGAAGUGGACAUCGAGGGUGACUCGAACCGAGAAGACAUCGAUGCGGGUUAAUUUGACCGUAGCUGGAAAAGGGUUGUCUGAACAGUAUCCAUUAAAAGACGUGCACACCAUCGAACAUUUGAAUUUGCCAAGACAGAGCACGAGUUUCGGAGAGGUGAUUCGUAAGUUCCAACAUCUGCAAGAUUUGUUCGUUGCUGAUUUCAAAAAUGCUGAACCGACAAUAUUGAUCUGGUUGGACAAUAUGGAUCUAAUAGCACCUAUCGAAUCAAGAAUUGGCAAAGCAGGUGAACCAGUUGGAUUGCGUUGCAAGCUGGGGUGGACGAUUUCCGGGCCAGGAUGCAAUGCGACAAGAGACGACUAUUGCGGAAUACAUCAGUGUGACGAAGUAAUGGAUCAAGUGUUGAAAAACUAUUUCACAAUGGAAGAAGCCGGGAUUAAUUGUCCAUAUCGUGUUGAAUCUGAUGAGGACCGAAGGGCUCGAAGCAUGUUGGAGACAACUACCGUUAGAAUAGGAGCUGGGUUUGAAACAGGUAUGUUGUGGAAACUAGACGAUAUAAAUCUUCCUGACAGCUACCAUAUGGCGUAUCGCCGGCUUCAGGGCUUGGAGAAGCGAUUCAAGAGAGAACCGGACUUGCGAGAGAAAGUGUGGCAUGCAAUUGAGGACUUCAUCGAGAAGGGGUACGCUCACAAAGCAACAUCAGAAGAGAUCUCCAGAAUAGAGCCUGGCAAAGCGUGGUAUUUACCAUUGAAUGUGGUAACCAACACCAAGAAACCGGGAAAGAUUCGACUGACGUUGGACGCAGCAGCGAAGGCAGGUGGAAUAUCCCUCAAUGACAUGCUGCUCAAGGGCCCGGACAUGUUGUUUUCAUUGUUAGAAAUUCUGAACUGCUUUCGAGGUCGACGAAUAGGAUUUGGAGGAGACAUUAGAGAAAUGUUCUUGCAGAUCAAGAUGCGGGAGCCAGAUAAGCGAUUCCAAAAAUUUCUAUUUCGGCUGGACUCAUCCUGUACUCCUGAUAUCUAUGUGAUGGAUGUAGUCAUAUUUGGAGCCAAAUGCUCGCCAUGUAACGCUCAUUUCACAAAAGAUGCCAACGCUCGCGCUGAUCAAUUUCCGGAUGCUGCAAAUGCAAUCAUCAAUCGGCACUAUGUCGAUGAUUAUUUUGACAGUGCAGAUACUGUAGAGGAGGCAAUUCAACGAGCAGUGGAUGUGCGUUAUGUUCACUCAUUGGGAGGAUUCGAAAUCCGCAAUUGGGUGAGCAAUUCACCUAAAGUACUUGCAGCAUUGGGAGAACACGGAAAGUCAACGAAAACGCUCAGCUACGACAAAACAUUAGAAUCCGAACGUGUAUUGGGUUUGCUGUGGAAACCAGAAGAAGAUGUGUUCACCUUCACUAUGGGACUAAAUGACAAACUACUGCCGUAUCUCACCAACAGUAUCCGACCAACGAAGCGAAUUAUCCUGCAGUGUGUCAUGAGUUUUUUUGACCCAAUAGGAUUUCUCUCACCGCUGUUGAUUCACGGAAGAAUAAUAAUCCAGGAGACUUGGAGAAGUAGAACCGAAUGGGAUCAGUCUGUGACGGACGAACUCUUCGGGCGUUGGCUAGGUUGGACGAAGCUACUAUCAGACAUCGAGAAAGUUAGAAUUCCGCGUUGUUUCUUCGGUGACGAAUCGAUUAACGAUAUACGAGCAAUUCAAUUGCAUAUAUUCUCGGAUGCAGGCGAAGACGCUUAUGGUUGUGUAGCUUAUCUACGAUAUCUUGUGAGGGACGAAAUUCGAUGUGCGCUAGUUGGAUCUAAGGCUAAAGUAGCUCCACUGAAACUGACAUCAACACCUCGAUUGGAGCUACAAGCUGCGGUUAUUGGGGCAAGACUGAUGAAUGUUCUCAAGACAAGUCUUCCGGUUUCAAUUCAAGAACAGUUUUUGUGGGUGGAUUCUACGACAGUUUUAUCAUGGAUACGCUCUGAUAGUCGUAAAUACAAACCGUAUGUGGCACACCGAGUUGCUGAAAUUCUGCACACGACAGACAUCGCUGCAUGGAGAUACGUCCCAUCAAGAAUGAACAUCGCCGACGAUUUAACUAAGUGGGGUUCUGGAACAACUGUAGAUCCGGAGUGUCGAUGGUUUCUAGGUCCACCAUUUUUACACGAACCCAUGAAAUCAUGGCCGGAGCAGCCCAAAACGAAAUUGUUGGUACCUGAUGAACUGAAGCCGUGCUACUUGUUCCAUCAUAUUGUCUUACCGGAAGCAAUCAUCGAUGUGACUCGAAUUUCAAAAUGGAAAGUAUUGUUGAGGACAAUAGCGACAGUGUACCGUUUCAUUUCAAAUUGCAAACGAAAAUGGAAGGGGCUUCCAAUUGAAGCAAUCAGUAUCGAUGAUGGGCGGAAGGCGAUUAUUCCGGCUGUACACGUGGCGAUCCAGCAAGAAGAACUGUGUAAAGCGGAACAUCUGCUUUGGCGAAUGGCUCAGGCAGAUAAAUUUGCGGACGAAGUGAAGAUUCUGAAGAGAAAUAAGGACGUCGCAUCGGAUCAAUGGAUACGUAUCGAAAAAUCGAGCCCUUUGUAUAAGAUGUCACCCUUUUUAGACGAAGAUUGCAUCAUACGGAUGGAGGGCAGAACAGCAGCAGCGAGUUUUGCUGCAAGCAGCACUCGCUUUCCAGUAAUACUCCCAAGAGACCACGUGAUAACCAAGAAGAUCGUGGAGGACUUCCAUGUGCGAUAUGGACACGCUUCGAAGGAAAUAGUUGUCAAUGAAAUUCGACAAGCGUUCUUCGUUCCGAAGCUACGAGCGGUGGUUGGAAGAGUUAUCAUCGACUGUUUAGUUUGUAAAUUACGCAGAUGUAAACCUGUUAUUCCCCGAAUGGCACCGUUACCCAUACAACGAAUGCAACCAUAUGUUCGAGCUUUCAGCUACGUAGGAUUGGAUUAUUGCGGACCAAUCGAUGUAACCGUAGGCAGACGUACUGAAAAGCGGUAUGUGGCAUUGUUCACUUGUUUAGUUGUAAGAGCCGUACACUGCGAAAUAGCUUUCAGUCUCAGCACAGAAUCGUGCAUACUUGCCAUCCGACGAUUCAUCCGACGCCGUGGAUCGCCGAUCGAAAUAUUCACGGACAAUGGCACGAAUUUUCAGGGAGCCAGUCGUGAACUUAAGGAACAGUUGAAACGAAUUGAUAGGGAGUGUGCCGACACCUUCACUGAUGCCAGAACAAAGUGGAACUUUAACCCGCCUUCUGCUCCCCACAUGGGUGGAGUGUGGGAGCGGAUGGUAAGAUCAGUCAAGGAAGCCCUGGUCUCGUUGAGUGAUGGGCGUAAAAUGAACGACGACAUCUUGAUGACGACAUUGGCCGAAGCAGAACAUAUAAUAAAUUCUCGCCCGCUGACAUACUCCGGAACAGAAGACAACGAACUGGAUACUAUAACACCAAACCAUUUCCUCCAUGGAAACUCGUCUGGACAGCAUCACCCAUUCCAAGUACCGAUUUCGCUGGCGGAAGAACUUAGAAGUAGUUACAAGCGAACGCAAGUACUAGCCAAGAAGUUUUGGGACCGUUGGUGCAAAGAAUACUUUCCAACACUGAACCAACGUAGUAGGUGGUACGAGGAUAGCCGGACACUGAAAGUAGGAGACUUAGUAUUAGUGAUGGAUGAUGGUAAAGGAGGUACAAGUAUCAGGGGCAUCGUAGACGAAGUAUUCAUCGGACAGGAUGGUCGUAUUCGUCAAGCCUUGGUUAGGACCACUAAUGGAUGCUUUCGAAGACCUGUGGCUAAACUAGCGAUUCUGGAGCUAGGAGAUAAACCUGCUGGCCUUACACAAGAGUAA